AUGAUAAAUGGCAUCAAUCAACUCCUGCUGUACCAGCAAGGCUCCACAACCUUUCUGGAUUAUACACUUAUGGAAAAUGAACACCGUGAAGCUAUGGGAAUACAAGAGGGCUAUGAUUUGUCACAUAAUGCAUGGAAUAUGGUCUGCACACCAUUGUCUGACAGACUGGUAGUUUUUGCUCUCAUGGUCAACACCAUAUUUGUGUUUAUUGUCACUGUCACCAAGAAGGGAACUUCCAUUAUUACUAAACAUAGACUUGUACCGUCUGCUAUUCUAGUGGUUUAUUUCACUAUACUGUUGGUGAAAGGCUGCACGGAUGUGCCAUUCUGUCGGAUGCUGGUGGGGCGAUUCAAGCAGAAUCGAAAAUCCAGGAAGCAACUGACAAAGCUCCGCACACAGCCACUGCGUCAAGCCAUUCUUAAUAAUUACAUGUGUAAGGUAAAUCCUCCCAAAACAUGGAACAAAAAGAGGGUGAUACGGGAGGCGAAGAGGAAGGAGAAGGAGAUACAUCAUUUGGUGGAGGAGAAUCAUUAUGAUGAGCUAGAAGAUGAUUGGUUUCAGGUAGUGGGAGAUGUAGCUGGAGAGGUAGAGAUAGAGGAAGAAAAAGUGAAUGCGGAAAAGGAGGAUAUGUAUGAAGAGGAAGAGGUGGAGGACACAUUAGAGGAAAAGGUAGAGGAAGAAGAAGUGGAAGAGGUAGAGGAAGGAGAAAUGGAAUAUCAAGUGGAAGAAGAAGAUGAUGAUCUCCAGCAGGAGAAGGUGGAGAAUACACAGGUAGUGGAUGAGGUCGAAACGGAGGAAAUAAAAGAGAAGGAAAGUGAGAAGGUGAAAAUGGAAGCAAUUACAGGAGACAAAGAGACAGAUGAGUACUGUUACUUACAGGAAGACAUCAACACUAGAGAACAGAAUUUAGAGACUGAUGAAGACCUGAUAAGUUUGACCCCUGUUAAGGUAAAUGCUCCCAAAACAUGGAACAAAAAGAGGGUGAUACGGGAGGCGAAGAAGAAGGAGAAGGAGAUACAUCAUUUGGUGGAGGAGAAUCAUUAUGAUGAGCUAGAAGAUGAUUGGUUUCAGGUAGUGGGAGAUGUAGCUGGAGAGGUAGAGAUAGAGGAAGAAAAAGUGAACGCGGAAAAGGAGGAUAUGUAUGAAGAGGAAGAGGUGGAGGACACAUUAGAGGAAAAGGUAGAGGAAGAAGAAGUGGAAGAGGUAGAGGAAGGAGAAAUGGAAUAUCAAGUGGAAGAAGAAGAUGAUGAUCUCCAGCAGGAGAAGGUGGAGAAUACACAGGUAGUGGAUGAGGUCGAAACGGAGGAAAUAAAAGAGAAGGAAAGUGAGAAGGUGAAAAUGGAAGAAAUUACAGGAGACAAAGAGACAGAUGAGUACUGUUACUUACAGGAAGACAUCAACACUAGAGAACAGAAUUUAGAGACUGAUGAAGACCUGAUAAGUUUGACCCCUGUUAAGGUAAAUGCUCCCAAAACAUGGAACAAAAAGAGGGUGAUACGGGAGGCGAAGAAGAAGGAGAAGGAGAUACAUCAUUUGGUGGAGGAGAAUCAUUAUGAUGAGCUAGAAGAUGAUUGGUUUCAGGUAGUGGGAGAUGUAGCUGGAGAGGUAGAGAUAGAGGAAGAAAAAGUGAACGCGGAAAAGGAGGAUAUGUAUGAAGAGGAAGAGGUGGAGGACACAUUAGAGGAAAAGGUAGAGGAAGAAGAAGUGGAAGAGGUAGAGGAAGGAGAAAUGGAAUAUCAAGUGGAAGAAGAAGAUGAUGAUCUCCAGCAGGAGAAGGUGGAGAAUACACAGGUAGUGGAUGAGGUCGACACGGAGGAAAUAAAAGAGAAGGAAAGUGAGAAGGUGAAAAUGGAAGCAAUUACAGGAGACAAAGAGACAGAUGAGUACUGUUACUUACAGGAAGACAUCAACACUAGAGAACAGAAUUUAGAGACUGAUGAAGACCUGAUAAGUUUGACCCCUGUUAAGGUAAAUGCUCCCAAAACAUGGAACAAAAAGAGGGUGAUACGGGAGGCGAAGAAGAAGGAGAAGGAGAUACAUCAUUUGGUGGAGGAGAAUCAUUAUGAUGAGCUAGAAGAUGAUUGGUUUCAGGUAGUGGGAGAUGUAGCUGGAGAGGUAGAGAUAGAGGAAGAAAAAGUGAAUGCGGAAAAGGAGGAUAUGUAUGAAGAGGAAGAGGUGGAGGACACAUUAGAGGAAAAGGUAGAGGAAGAAGAAGUGGAAGAGGUAGAGGAAGGAGAAAUGGAAUAUCAAGUGGAAGAAGAAGAUGAUGAUCUCCAGCAGGAGAAGGUGGAGAAUACACAGGUAGUGGAUGAGGUCGAAACGGAGGAAAUAAAAGAGAAGGAAAGUGAGAAGGUGAAAAUGGAAGCAAUUACAGGAGACAAAGAGACAGAUGAGUACUGUUACUUACAGGAAGACAUCAACACUAGAGAACAGAAUUUAGAGACUGAUGAAGACCUGAUAAGUUUGACCCCUGUUGAGGUAAAUGCUCCCAAAACAUGGAACAAAAAGAGGGUGAUACGGGAGGCGAAGAAGAAGGAGAAGGAGAUACAUCAUUUGGUGGAGGAGAAUCAUUAUGAUGAGCUAGAAGAUGAUUGGUUUCAGGUAGUGGGAGAUGUAGCUGGAGAGGUAGAGAUAGAGGAAGAAAAAGUGAAUGCGGAAAAGGAGGAUAUGUAUGAAGAGGAAGAGGUGGAGGACACAUUAGAGGAAAAGGUAGAGGAAGAAGAAGUGGAAGAGGUAGAGGAAGGAGAAAUGGAAUAUCAAGUGGAAGAAGAAGAUGAUGAUCUCCAGCAGGAGAAGGUGGAGAAUACACAGGUAGUGGAUGAGGUCGAAACGGAGGAAAUAAAAGAGAAGGAAAGUGAGAAGGUGAAAAUGGAAGCAAUUACAGGAGACAAAGAGACAGAUGAGUACUGUUACUUACAGGAAGACAUCAACACUAGAGAACAGAAUUUAGAGAUUGAUGAAGACCUGAUAAGUUUGACCCCUGUUAGAAUAUGCCAGGACAAGAACUGUAGCUGUUCCACUUUAUGGUCUUCUAACGAAUUACCCAAUAGUUAUCAACAGUAUUAUUACGAAAACUGGCACAGCAGCGCUUUUCCUGAAAAACAAGUGUUCACUGAUCUGGCAGAGUGCAUGUCUUCGCCCGUACCUACUGAUGGUGAAGACUUUAGGUAUUACACGUAUCUAGAGUCAGAGGACGAAGAGAUGUUAGAAAAGUCAUGGAACGAAUGUUUUGAAACUCAAGAAUCUCAUCUAGGGCAAGAUGCGGUAGAGGCAAACAUGUCUACUGGAUCAGUUACGGAUAAUGAAGGU